CGGAGAGAACAUGAUGCCUCUCUCUCCCUCUCUCCCUCUCUCUCUCUCUCUCUCUGUCUGCAAGUCAACUCGUGUGUGUGCUACGCUGAGCUCUGGUAGCUGAUAGACGUAUAGCUGAAAUAUUAUAGCUCUAUUGUGCUGGUGUGUGACAGCAAAUGGCCUGUUUUGUAUCGCCGCUGUGACGUUGGAGAGAGAGAGAGUGUCGCCACGGUAACUAGUUUUAAUGGACAUGCCUGGAGCUGUGGCGGUGGCGGCAGGAGGAGAAGAAGCGGCGGCUUCGGCGGGUGGUUUGUUUUCCUCUCCUCGUCUUUAUCUGUAAAGCUGCUGGAGCACAAAAAAAACAAAAAACCGCUUUUGCUCGUCUACCUCCUCUACUCGGUCCCCAGUGAGAACAGCAUGGUCAUGGCUGACACUAGUGUCCAGAAACCGCUGCUCCGAGGUCCCGUCCGAGUGGGCUUCUACGACAUCGAGCGCACUUUAGGAAAGGGCAAUUUCGCCGUCGUGAAGCUGGCUCGACACCGCAUAACCAAGACCGAGGUGGCCAUCAAGAUCAUCGACAAGACCCAACUGGAUGCUGUCAAUCUGGAGAAGAUCUACAGAGAAGUUCAGAUCAUGAAGAUGCUGGACCAUCCCCACAUCAUCAAGCUGUACCAGGUGAUGGAGACGAAGAACAUGCUUUACUUAGUCACGGAGUAUGCCAAGAAUGGGGAGAUCUUCGACUACCUGGCGAAGCACGGCCGCCUCAGUGAGCUGGAGGCCAGGAGGAAGUUCUGGCAGAUCCUGUCGGCAGUGGAGUAUUGUCACAACCGCAACAUCGUCCACAGGGACCUGAAGGCGGAGAAUCUGCUGCUGGACGGCCACAUGAACAUCAAGAUUGCAGAUUUUGGAUUUGGGAACUUCUUCCAGCCCGGAGAGCCUCUGGCCACGUGGUGCGGCAGCCCGCCUUAUGCUGCUCCAGAGGUGUUUGAGGGCCAACAGUAUGAGGGUCCACAGCUGGACAUCUGGAGUAUGGGGGUGGUGCUGUAUGUGCUGGUGUGUGGCGCGUUGCCCUUCGAUGGGCCCACUCUGCCCGUGCUUCGACAGAGGGUCCUAGAAGGAAGGUUUCGCAUCCCCUACUUCAUGACUGAAGACUGUGAGCACCUGAUCCGCAGGAUGUUGGUCCUGGACCCGUCGAAGCGUCUGUCUGUGGCCCAGAUAAAGGAGCACAAGUGGAUGGCUCUGUACGCUCCCGUACAGAGGCCCGUUCUGUACCAACAACCUCUGUCUGCUGAGGGCGAGGCGGGUGUGGGAGAGUACAGCGAGCAGGUCCUGCGCCUGAUGCAUAGCCUCGGCAUCGACCAGCACAAGACUAUUGAGUCUCUGCAGAACAAAAGCUACAACCACUUUGCUGCUAUCUACUACCUGCUGGUGGAGCGGCUCAAGGCCCAUCGCUGCAGCUUCCCCGUCGAACAGCGGCUCGACGCUCGCCAGCGGCGGCCCAGUACCAUCGCCGAACAGACUGUCGUCAAGUCGACCAGUGGUUCAGCUCAGGUGGGUUUGCUCCCGCAGGGUGUUCGUCUGUUGCGCUCCCCUGCUGUGCCCCAAGCCUCCUCCGAUGCCUUCACCUUCCCCCAGACUGCAUGUACCCUGGAGCAGAAUUUCAUGGUGGAGGACGUCAACACACCCAAAGUAAAUGGCUGCCUGCUGGACCCCCUGCCUCCCACCACUGUCCUCCGCAAGUCCUCCACCUCGUCGCCUAGCAACAUGAUGGAGACGUCGAUCGAUGAAGGCAUUGAGACCGAGGAGCCCGACACGGAGGAUGAUCCGCCCCACCUGCUCUCGGCCUAUCAAACAGCUCGGUUCGGCCAGCGGCGACACACCCUCUCUGAGGUGACCAAUCAGCCGGGGCCUUCGAACCAAGAUUUUGGUCUCCCAGGUAAAUUAUUCGCUCUAGGCCACAACCCCUCCAUGGGCAGCAUGGACUCGGACAUGGGCUACGACAUGGGCUCCGUGCACAGCGACUACGGCCUACUGGAGGAUCCCCCCUCUCUCAGUGAAGUGGUAUCAACCAACAGCUCUGCCCCUGGCGUCACAGUUACGCCUUUCAUGAACGCUCGGCCCGCCAACCCAGCAAUGGCCGUCCUGACUUCUCAGCACAGGGAGACGCACAACCGCUCCCCCAUCAGCUUCAGAGAAGGACGGCGUGCCUCCGACACCUCCCUCACCCAAGGUCUGGUUGCGUUUCGGCAGCACCUCCAGAACUUGGCGAGGACCAAAGGCAUCCUGGAGCUGAACAAAGUCCAGAUGCUGGUGGAGCAGAUGGGCUCCGGGGAAGGGGCCACAAUGGGGCCCCUGGGACCACAGCACCACAUGCACAACCUCCUGGAGGGCGAGGCUUCCAAGCAGCAGGAGGGCCUAGCUUUAUACCAAGGUGGGCCGCAGCCGCCUCUCCUGUCCCGCAGACAGAGUUUAGAGACACAAUACCUCACUCAUAGACUACAGGCUAACGUCUUGGCUAACAGUCCUGCUAGCUGCCAACUUUUCUGUAAGGACACUCGAAGUUUAGAGCAACAGCUGCAGGAACACAGUGGGAUCUGCUGCGCUCCCCACAGACUGAACCAGAAGAGGAUGUACCUGCAGCAGUCACAGGGUAUGGGGCUGCAGACCUACUUCAACCAGAUGCAGAUAGCUGAAGGAUCCUACCCAACGGGCGGCCCUGCUCUGGACCCGGCGGCGUCUCAAAGUUCCCCUCAGGGCCCCCCCAUGUCAGCCGCCCACCAGCCUCAGCCCCAGCAGCAGGGCAGUCCUCAGGCCUCGCCUCCCUUCAGCCACCCCCAUAGUCUGAGCCCCUUGAUGGAACCGGGCGAGGGCCUGAUUUAUGAUCCCUACAUGAGCCACCACCACUACACCCAGCACCUGCCCCCUGGAUCUCACCUCCUCCACCAGCUCCACCACCCCAUGCCUCUUGAAGCCUCUGCCAGCGGCAUGGGCUUCAGCUACCCUUUAGGCUGUGAGCAGCAGAUCCUGGGGCCUUCCUCUGAGGGUCUUCACCCAGAGCAGUAUGAGUUCUCAUUAGACCCCGCCUUGUUGCCCCAGCUUGCUCCAGGAGAGGCUGAGGCCAGAGCUGGGAUUUUGGUUGGUCCGGGCCAGUCAGACGGCCUGGGUCUACCUGAGCUGCAGGGCUCCCUCCUGGACAGCGAGAUGAUGGAGACCGUGGACUCCCAGCAUGGCUUCGUACUGGUCAACUAAAGCCAGCUGAGGGGGUUAAUAGAAAGCAGUAUUAAGCAAUGAGAACCUAUACAGCACUAAGAGCAGAGAGAAUGGAGAUAUAAGUGGAGGCCACAUGCGUAGCAACAGGGAAGGAAAAGUGUUAAUUUUUGUACGACUAAUACAAACUUCAUUUCUUAGUUGUGACGAACCUCAGACAACCUUUCUACCACAAACCUCCCUCAGCCCACCUCCCUUUCUCCCUCUCCUCCUCUGUUCUCGUUCUCAUCAGCUCUGUGAGGCAGCGACAGGUCCGAUAUGUGGCACAAUGUGAGCUUCGCCCGUACUGAUUUUGCGAGGCUGCUGUUGUCACGGACGUUGUGACACCUGAGAGGACUGCACCGUGCAGCCUGGGGAAGGGGGGGGUGCUGCACAUCCUGGAGGCUGCCAGAGUGCAGCACUUCAACCUAGAAAUGGUUUGGAAGUGAACUAAUUUAGGACUGACUGUCAGGCAACCAUAAGGACAAUGGCUGGCAGUGUUUUUUUUUUGUAUUUAAAAUAGGACACCAUCGACAACAAUAGACUCUCAAAACACUUCUGUGGAUUUUUUUUUUUUUCUUUCGGUAGAUAAAAAACAACUGAACAAGAGAAAAUGGCCCUCAUUUAUCACGGUACCAUGGAUAUCACCGCAAAUUCAAGUGUUAAAAGUGUUUUAUAGAACCGAAUUUACACACCAAUGUGAGCGCAACGGGCUGACACGAUGGCUGUAUUCAUGAGUGCACAGGGUUCAACACUAACAUAUACAGUACAACAGGUAACUUUUGUUUGUCAUUUGCCGAAAACAAAUACCUUAAACAUGCAGAUAGAAGCACCAGGUUGGGGAAGUUAUGCACCAUUUGUUGAGCUUGUGCUUUUUUAUCAGUGCUGAACUUUCUCCAAGCUAUUUUUUUCUUGUUAAUUAAUGAAUGAAAAUAAUAGAUGCAACACAAUUCUGUAGCUGCAGGCUUUUGUGUAGGCCACGUGACAUAAAUAAUAGUGUUUUCUUUGUGUUUUUACAAAUUGUAACUACUGAUCCUGAUUUAUUUCUUACACUACUGAACUGCUUUUUUUCUCUCCACCUUUCCAUCCGAUUGCACACACUUGCCAGGUCUCGUUCUACUCAAUAAGGCGAAAUGGCCACACGUUUAUUUAACAGUUGAAUUGUGGGGUCAUGCGUUUGCCUGAUAAAUGAGGGCUGAUGUAAUUAACGUGUGUUUGGUUGAGAAGUAGUGGUGUUAUUAGACAGUCAAUAUUAUUCUAUUUUUGUGGCAAUACUGAAGCAAUAUUAAUCCUUAAUGUUGAGGGAUUAUGAAUGGAAGCCUCACCUGUACAGCCAACUCUGAUUGGUUCCCGGGGACCUCUGAGUCGUCAGCAGUGACAUCACUCGAGCUGAUGAUGUAACCAGGAGAUAAUCUCCCCCCUCGCUCGCCCUGGAAGUGCAGGGACAAGCCAGGAGACAGUUGUAUGUAUAUGUGUGUGUGUGUGUGUGUGUGUGUGUGUGUGAGAGAGAGAGAGUGAGUGUGAUUACGUUUGUUUGCACAAUUCAAAUUUUCAGCAUCCAUUACAUCCUUUGUCUGAAAAAGACAAACACUGUAUUGACGUCUCCAUUCAAAAUAACACAAACUGUGCUUUCCCCCUCAGUGCACAGUCGUAGCUUUUAGAUUAAUUCUGGUUUACGUCCUCAAUGCUCCAGUCACGCCUCUGUGUUGUUUUAAUGAUGAAUCAUGUUUAUAAUAACGGCCCCUUGAAGAUUCCCUGCAGUUAGAUUUCACGACAGAAUGUUUUCCUCUCUGACAUUGGGGCCGCUGUGAGACAAAGACCAGCAGAUCAUCAGUCACCUGACACUGGAUUUUGACUACAGGCUCGCCACCGCUCUUUGACUGACAGCGAACAAGAUGAGAGAUUUUUUCUUUUCUUUUUUUUUUUUUUACAGCACUUAGACUGUGUUCAAUCUACUUGAAGCGCACAGAUGUAUCUUCUCUGACAGGUGAUGAUGAUUUUUUUUUUUUUAAACUACUUUUCAUUGGAAUAACAGGACAGUGAACGUCAGAAGUUUGAGAUGAGAUUAUUGGACUGUGACCAUCUGCCAGACUGAGUGACCUUCAGAUGUUCGUGGGUUAAACUGUUCAAGUGUUUGUUUGUCAGGUUAGCCUUCAAAACAAGACAGUCACUCUCAGUCUGUAGACUGGACUGAGCAGAAAUCAUAGAGUUCACAAUCGGACUCUAAAGUACAGAUGUGGUCUGACUAGGAGUCUUUGUAGUUGCAGUCAACAGCCUAAAUGACGGCUAGAAAAUGUGGACCAACUGUGGUUGCAGUCCUGUGCAAGACUUAAAGGAAAAAUCCACCCUAAAAUGCCUUUAACACUGUCUCACAACAGAGACUAAUGUGUGACUAAUGAUCAAAUUAUCUUCUGAUUAUAUAUCAAUUAGUUGUUUGGUCUAUAAAACGUUGGAAAAAAUAGUGAAAAACGGCCUUCACAGUGUCUCAGGUCUUUAGUUUAACAUGUUUAGUUUUCUCUCAAGUCUAAGAGAACUUUUAAAAGACUUAAAGGUGCAGUGUGUAGGAUUUGACGGCAUCUAGCGGUGAGGUUGCAGAUUGCAACCAACUGAACUACGGUGGCCAACGCGAAAACGUGAAUGGCCCUAUGUAGAGCCAGUGUUUGGUUUGUGAAGAGGACCCGCUCAAUAUGUAGAUAUAAACAGCUCACUAUAAGGUAACGAAAACACAACAAUUCCUGUUUUCAGGCGAUUAUAGACUACAGAAACUAUACUUAUUAAUAUUAUAUUCAAUUUCUGCCAAUAGAUCCCCCUAAAUGCUACACAUUGUACCUUUUAAACGAUAUGUUGAUUAUCAAAAUGUUUGCUGAAUAAUUGACUACCUGUGUCAGCGCUACAACAGACCAACACUGUUGGUAAUGCACAGUUUUUCCAGUUUUCAGUAGUGUACCUUUUUAAUCCUGAUUAUAAUUCAUCAAUAUGACAUCACAUUGAGAUAUUUCUUGCAUAUAUGAACAUAUCUAUCAAGAAAACAACAAGUUUUGAUCUCAGGAUCUGAGAGCAAAUGCUUAGUAAGUCACUGUCUCUGACAUUUACCAGUCAAAAGGGCACACAUACUAAUAACUCAACAACAAUGGCCUCAAAAGACCAGAAUGCACUGCAGCCACAAGACAUGUUGCAAAACAGGUUCUGUGGUUGCGUUAAUAGUUCCACCCUAAAAUUUACAAAUGCUGUUUAUAUGUUAUGUUAUUGACAGUAAUAAGGUCACACCCAGCUUGUGGGUCAUGUUGAAAAUGCCAAAAGAGAAGGAACUCGAGUACGAGUGCGAGGCAGGUUCAACAUGAAAUAAUAAUUCUGUUUAAUAUUCAAAUUGUCGCUACAUGGCAGUGUAACAGGGUCAAAGGGUGGAUUUCGCCUUUAAGUGAAUAUUUUGAUGAUUGUUUGCUUUCAUUUUGUCACUGGUCAGGCUAAAAGAGCUACAGGAUUAUCUGUGGAAGUUGAUUACUGGAGCACUUUGACAACAAGGGGAAGAAGAGAUGUAGCGAGAGAGGAGGAGGUGGGAAGAGGUUUGUAUCGCUCUGCUGUUUCCUGGCAGAUGAAACGAACCGCAAUCUGUAGGAAACACUUUUCUCCUCUCUCUUCCCCACCAAUAAUGGACACAAAACCAAUUUCUUUCAAAGAAAGACCAGACACAGUAACACUUUAUCAGAUUGUUGAUUUUAAUCCAAGAAAGAGAAACGCUCGUCAGUUUACGACGAGCGUUCUUUGUACAGAUUAGUGGUGUAGUGAAUCUUCAGUGCACCGAGGUGAAUUUGUGUUGAACGUGAAAAAGUGUUCAGUGUGCCUUUUACUUUUUCGUAUUUUCAAUCUAAAUUAAGAGUUUGAAAAGCACCAUUAUUUUCUGGUUGGACCCUUUUAUCAUUUAUUUUCUUAUGAUUACUUUUUUUUUUUUUUUUUCGAAAAUAAGUAGAGCCAGGUUUUACAAAGGUACAAAACCAAAGUCCCUCAGAAGUUUCCCUGUACGACCCACCGUGUGGAGUUUUGGAGCUUCUUUGUCAGCUUCUCUACCGUGCUUUUUUUCUUGUUGGUCAAUCAGUGUAUGCCAUUUAAAAGUAUUAUAGCAAUAUUUCUCUAGUUGAAGACUAAAGUCAUGAAGAUUCUAGUGGACGUGUUUCCAAGUAUCAUAAUUUUCACCUCCUGCUGAUAAAACAAAAUCAUCAAUCUAUCAAUAGAAAUCCAGUUUUAUAUUUACCUUCAUUGAUGUUGACCACACAUAAGCUAACUUGCUGUUGAGAUUAAAAAAGGUUUAUUGAACAUGAAAA